CCAGCAGCACCAAGUCCAAUGUUCAAUAUCGAAGAGACCAGCAACAGACCACUUCUGACUGUCGAUUCCCGUUAAUCAGUAUGAUGGUCCCCAAGUUGUCCAAGCUCGCUAUAGGACCAAGAACCCUUCGACCGGCUCAAUCUUUCUGGGGUUCAGAGAUGGUACCAGCAAACGAUAGAUUGACAUCGGACUCAGGACUACACUCAGCCAAAACGCUCGAUCCGGGAAGAACCCCAAGGCCAGACGCAUCCAGGAUAUUCUUCAUCCCUGAAAUCCUCGAGAUGAUCCUUUUAGAUUUGGAAAUUUACACCAUCCUGAUGCUCACGCGCGUGUGCUCAACAUGGAAUAAUCUCAUCCAAACCUCUUCGAAGAUCCGCAGGGCCCUCUUGUUUGCGUCCCGCAUAAUCCAGGCGGGCGUGUCUUACGAUAUCACAAAGCGCGAAUUGGAGAUUGUCGUACCACCAACCUCGGAAGGCCGACCCAGAUGGCCCUAUACUUACUCCUGGCGCGACCACUGGCGGACCAUGCUCCUCCAGAACGCUCCGAGUUCGAGAAUUCGCGUCUUCUGCCCUGGUGUCCCCUUAGAUCACGAGAGAGCUUGCUGUCCCCUUUACGGCCCACACCGGCCAUACAAAUGUCUUAAUCACUGCCAGAUAGAGAUCUCGUCUGCCCAUGAAUUGCAGCAUUGCGGGAAGAUGGAAGUAGUCGUUGUGCAGGAAUGCCCAGAUCGGGAGGGCAUUCCCAGACCCGUGAAGCUAAAUAUGUGGUUUCAAGUCCUACCGCAGGGCGACAGCGAAGACUACUUGCUUGAAUACAGAGGUUGGUCUUCACUCCCUGAUUGGUGAAAGGGGAUAUCUUAGAGCUGCAGCCGAAGAGGUGUGAAUGCUUCCGAUCGACUUUUGGCCUUCUGAUUUGGAAAUUGCCUAGGUUAGGCGGCGAUGUGGGAUGAAGCUUGCUGAGGGAGGGGAAACAAGGAUAGCAUAAGUGGUAGCACAAGAUAAGAUGCAGGUCUGCCGAUAUAGAUGCUGUGUGCAAAGAACAACGCAUACUCGCGAUCAAAUUGCUACUCAUGAGCCUGCUACAUCGUUUCGAAAUGUUCAUCCCAGAAACCAUAACCCACCAGAAACAACACGUAUUUCCACAAGUUCUGCCUCUGUUGAAUCAGUCAGGCAUGAAUAGUGAUUUUGUCAAGGCUUCACCCUUGAUGAGUAUCCUCAAUGCUUCUACUGUCAUUGAAUUUCGCUACCCAUACUCCAAGCAGAGAUGAAUCAAGUCGCAUUGAAUGACCGCAGAGGACUAUCAUGGUAGGAC